AUGUCAACUUCUUUGGAAAGUUAAAUAUUAUUAGCUAUUUGGACUAUGUAUUAACGUAAUCAAAUUUCUAUGGAAUAAAAAGGAUGUAUAAAAGGUAAUUCUUAAACAAUAUAAAAGAUCUUCUUAUUCGAAAGGAUAAUAAUUUAUAUUCAACUAUUCGUCAUUGUGAAAGAUAAGAUUAAAUAGAAGAAACCUUACUUGAUAUUUUGAAUUGUAUUUAUUUUCAAUUUGGUUUGAUUAGGGUUCUCCAAGAGAUCUGGAUACUGAAGAAAAUAUCUAUCCAAUUGUUAGAUUGAGCAAUCUAUCAAGUUCUCCAACAACUACCUAAUCUUAAUUUCAUUACCCUUAAAAAAGGUUUAGAUUUAAGAGCUCUAAUAAUGAAAGUGAUACUACCCAAAAUAAUCAGAGAAUAAGAUCAAACUCUUAUCAUCAAAAAUGAAUUUUUCUGAUUUUGUUUCAUUAAUCUCAGAC